GUUUUUCAGAGGCGGUUGUUCAGGGGUCCACAGUGGGGCUGGGCCACCCUGACAGCCACCUUGGCCCCCCUUGUGCCCCCUGCUGAGGACAGACCCUAAGCAUUAUUUACAGUAGUUCAGUUGUUUUUGUGAUAAUUUCACCAGAUGCAAGCUGCAGAACCGAAGCAUGUAACUGAAAUUUAUUUCAAAGUUGAAGUCUGUCCUAGGUCACAUCAGCUUGGUUGGUCUUUUUGAGGGAAAGUGUGUUCAGUUAAUGUAUAUAAGAGAGUCUAGGACACACAGCUUUUAUUAAGACUUGGAAGAGACAGGAUUUAUGAGACUGCAAACGUUAGUCACAAUUUUCUAUGCUUAAUUAAAAAUCUGAGUGUUCCAAAGCAUCAUUGCCCUCCCCAAUCCUUCUGUUCUGUUUGUACGGCUCUACCUGUGCUUCCUAAAUGGCUUCCACCCUCUGAAGUGUUCAUCCAGCACCGAACCAACCUGGGCAUUUUCUCCUAACAGUGUUUCCUUAUCAAACGUAUCAUCUUACCCCGACUGCAGAAAAUCAAUACAUGCAACCAAAAUGUCUUCACAGCCCGUCCGUUGUUCCUGCCCCUCACUCCGCUGUGCUGCAGAUUUGCUUAAACUGUGGAUGUUUGUUUGUUGUUCUAACAGAGAAAAUAUCUGGACAUGACCCUUAAAUAUCAUCUCUAAUCUGGACAACUGACGUUAGCUUGAUGCUUCACCUUUGGUUAACUCUGCUUUUCUCAGCUCCUCUGGCUGAAUGUGUUCCAGAGAAACCUAAGAGAUCUGCUCUGAACCAGCUGACCCGGACCCUCCUGAGGAAAUAUGACUGUGGCGUUCGACCCGUCCACAACUGGACCACUUCCACAACCGUCUACAUAGACCUCGUACUCCAGUCUGUCCUCGAUGUUGAUGGGAAGACUCAGAGCAUCACCACAAGUAUUUGGUACAGACAGAUCUGGAGGGAUGAGUUCCUGGUUUGGGAUCCUGAAGAAUUCGAUGGAAUCAACGAGAUCUCGCUCCCAUCCGACGCCAUAUGGGUCCCAGAUGUCAUCGUCAGCGAGUUCGUGGAAGAAGGGAAGUCUCCUCCAAUCCCGUUCGUUUAUGUCAACUCCUCUGGUUCAGUGAAGAACUACCGGCCGAUCCAGGCGGUCCUAGCCUGCAGCCUGGAGAUGUACGCCUUUCCCUUUGACAAGCAGAACUGUAGUCUCACCUUCCGGAGCUGGCUUCACUCAGUGAGAGAAAUCGACCUGGCUCUGUGGAGGAGCGCAGAGGCCAUAGCUAACGAUAAGAGGGAGUUCACGAAUGAUGGAGAGUGGGAGCUGCUGUCCAUUCCUUCUCAGUACCUCCAGAUCCGACAGGACCACGCUGACUACGCCCAGAUCCAGUUUAAUCUCUUGAUCCGCCGACGCCCCCUGCUGUAUGUGGUGGGCCUCCUCAUCCCCAGCAUCUUCCUCAUGCUGGUCGAUGUGGUGAGUUUCUACCUGCCUCUGAACAGCGGAACAAGAAUCGCCUUCAAGAUCAGCAUCCUGUUGGGUUACACUGUCUUCAGGGUCAACCUGACCGAUGAGCUGCCUACUUCAGCCGUCAGGACUCCUCUCAUCGGUGUGUUCUUUGUGGUGUGCAUGGCCAUGCUCAUGCUCAGUCUCAUCAAGUCGAUAUUGGUGGUGAAGCUGCUCCAUCACAGUGAGAUGGAGGUCAAGGAAAUGUCAUUGACUGCCUGCCUGCUGGACAAGUACAGCUCAGCUGGCCACAGCUUCCCCGAGAGUGCUUUAACCUCCAUCAAAACCCUCGAUCGCAUCAACACAUCUGGAGAUUUUGAGCUUGAAAGCUCUUUCGAGGAGGACCUGCUGUCCCUGAAUGAGAUCCAGGACCCCCCGUCUGGACUGAACUGGCUUCUCCAGGAGCUGGUUUCCCUUCGCCUAGCUCUUUCUCAGGAGGACAGCGACUCUUCAGCUCAGGCCGAAUGGCUGGGUCUCUGCUUGAGGCUCGAUCGCUUAUUGUUCCACCUCUACCUGCUGGUUCUGGCCUUGUACACAGGAACUCUGGUGCUGCUCUGGGCCAGCUGGAGUUUUACUUGAGAUGUUAGCAAACCACUAAGCUGUCAUGGUCUAAGAUCCAGAAAAAAUGUACCUUUUCUUGGUUAAAAUGAUAAUUUCUCAAGUUUUGGUUAUAUUUUAAAACCAAACGUGAUAAAAAAAAAGGUUUGUUUAAAUGUUUGCACUUAUUACUUCAGAUAAAACAUCCCGACAGUGCAGAUUUACUCAGAGAUCCGGUACGAUACGACGGUUCUCUGGAGGAAAAUCCUCUCUGCCUGUGUGGAGUUAUGAUAUCAUGUUCACACUUUAAUCUCCGUCCUUCUGCCACUAAAUAGAUCAGUGAAACCGUUCGAAUGUGAGCUGCUGCGUCUCUGUUCCCUGUUGGGUUUCUAAUAGUCGUGAUAAGAAUAUUAAAAGUGCAUUUUAGAAAAGCUGCUGCUGGAACAAUCCAGCGUAAUGCAAUUUUGAUGGUGUUUGCAAACGCUCUUCAGGUGGAUCUGGUUACAGGAUGUUGGACAACAUUACAGAAGUUUUAGGUGCUUUAGACACCAGUCUCAUUCAAGUUCAAAGCAAAAAGAUCAUUUUAAUGUGCUUUAAAAUAAACAGGAAUAAUGUUUAUUUUGAGUGACGUUGGAUGAAUUAACCCUCAAACAGGAAAUAAAAGACCUGA